AUUGUACUCAAAAGUUGUUGCGACUUGAUCACAUCCCAGAUGAUGUUUACUUGGGAGCCAACAAGGAUUUCUAGAAUUUUAAAAUCCGCGCACGAGGAGCGCGAGCUGCAACGUUGCACCUUAGAAUGACGCGCGACAAAGCUGAAAGCUCCUUAAAAUUAUGGACGCCCACGACACACACGGACACGCGUUGCUACCUCGCCAUUGGAGAACCAGUUUGCUCUAGCUGCUCCGGCCGCGACGCCGCCGUUGCACCGGCCGGCACGAUGGGAGACGGCGGCGGCGGCGGGCUCGACGUGGUGGUGUUCCCGUGGCUGGCGUUCGGGCACAUGAUCCCCUACCUCGAGCUGUCCAAGAGGCUGGCGGCGAGGGGCCACGACGUCACGUUCGUCUCCACGCCGCGGAACGUGUCCAGGCUCCCGCCGGUGCCGGCGGGCUUGUCUGCGCGUCUCCGGUUCGUGUCGCUGCCGAUGCCGCCGGUGGACGGGCUGCCGGAGGGAGCCGAGUCGACGGCCGACGUGCCGCCGGGGAACGACGAGCUCAUCAAGAAGGCGUGCGACGGCCUCGCCGCCCCGUUCGCCGCGUUCAUGGCGGAUCUCGUCGCCGCCGGUGGGAGGAAGCCGGAUUGGAUCAUAAUCGACUUCGCCUACCACUGGCUCCCGCCCAUCGCCGCCGAGCACAAUGUGCCGUGCGCCGUGUUCCUGAUCGUGCAGGCCGCGGCGAUCGCGUUUCUGGGGCCGAGGUGGGCGAACGCCGCGCACCCGCGCGCGCCGCUGGACUUCACCGCGCCGCCGAGGUGGUUCCCUCCACCUUCCGCCAUGGCGUACCGCCGCAACGAGGCGAGGUGGGUCGUCGGCGCCUUCCGGCCCAACGCCUCCGGCGUGUCCGACAUUGAGCGCAUGUGGCGCACCAUCGAGAGCUGCCGCUUCACCAUCUACCGGAGCUGCGACGAGGUCGAGCCUGGGGUGCUAGCCCUCCUCAUCGACCUCUUCCGUCGGCCCGCCGUCCCAGCCGGGAUCCUUCUGACGCCGCCGCCCGACCUCGCCGCCGCCGACGACGACGACGUCGACGGCGGAAGCUCAGCUGACCGUGCCGAGACGCUCCGGUGGCUCGACGAGCAGCCGACCAAGUCGGUCAUCUACGUGGCGCUGGGGAGCGAGGCGCCGGUGACGGCAAAGAACCUGCAGGAGCUCGCACUGGGGCUGGAGCUCGCUGGCGUGCGCUUCCUGUGGGCGCUCCGGAAACCGGCGGCGGGAACGCUGAGCCACGCCUCCGCCGCCGACGCCGACGAGCUCCUCCCCGACGGGUUCGAGGAGCGGACGCGCGGGCGCGGCGUGGUGUGGACGGGGUGGGUGCCGCAGGUGGAGGUGCUCGCGCACGCCGCGGUGGGCGCGUUCCUGACGCACUGCGGCUGGGGCUCCACCAUCGAGAGCCUCGUGUUCGGCCACCCGCUGGUGAUGCUGCCGUUCGUCGUCGACCAGGGCCUCGUCGCGCGGGCGAUGGCGGAGAGGGGCGUCGGCGUGGAGGUCGCCAGGGAGGACGACGACGAGGGCUCGUUCGGCCGGCACGACGUCGCCGCGGCGGUGCGGCGCGUCAUGGUGGAGGAUGAACGCAAGGUGUUCGGCGAAAACGCCAGGAAAAUGAAGGAAGCGGUUGGGGAUCAGCGACGGCAGGAGCAGUACUUCGACGAGCUGGUGGAGCGCCUCCACACCGGAGGAGGGGAGAUCAAUGACGAAAAAUACUGUUAAAAUGCGUGUUAAUUCUGUGGUGAAUAAUAAGAGCCUGAUAACAUUGUCAAGCCUAAUAUGAGAUGUUUAUAUUACACUGUGGACGUACACGCAUGUACACCAUACAUUGGCAAUAAUAAGAUUGUCAAAGCAGCAAGGUUUGCAUGGGA